GCCAUUUAAAUGAAUUUCUCUGCCUUUCUCAAAUACUCCCAGCCGCCUCUCUCCGUUCCGUCGACCGUGAAUGGAAUUGGCCAAGUUACUGAUAAGGCCCCUGUUGCGCCCGAUAAGCAUAGUACACUGGGAUCGUAAAUUCAAUCGUUUAGUUAUAAAUCAGCGCCUCGCUGCAGUUUGCAAAAAAACACAACACGGAACGGAAGGCAGCUGGAAAAUGAGUGAGGAAACUGACGUUCUGGUCUUCGGUUCGGCCAUUAUAGAUUUUAUCUGCUACACGCCCCGCCUGCCCAAGGCCGGGGAGACGCUUCACGGACACAAAUUCCAGACCGGCUACGGCGGCAAGGGCGCCAAUCAGUGUGUGGCAGCCGCCAGGCUGGGCUCCAGCACGGCCUUGGUGGCCAAACUGGGCGACGAUAGCUUUGGCAGCGACUACCUCCGCCAGCUGCGGGAGGAGAACGUCAAUGUCAGCCACGUGCAUCAGCUGACGGGCCACACCACAGGCAUUGCCCAGAUCGCCGUCUCCGACGGUGGCGAGAACAACAUCAUCAUUGUUGUGGGUGCCAAUAACCAGCUGAGUCCCGACGACGUCUUCAUCGCCAAGGCGCUGUUUAGCGGGGCCAAAGUACUCGUGUGCCAGCUGGAGACGCCCGUCGCAGCCACGCUCCAGGCCCUGCGCUGCUUCAAGGGUAUAUCCAUUGUGAACGCCGCUCCGGCCAUGGAACAGACGCCGCCAGAGCUGCUGCAGCUGGCCAACAUCUUCUGCGUGAACGAGAGCGAGGCGGCCAUUAUGACGGGAGUGUCCAGCGUGAGCAGCAUAGAGCAAGCCAACGCCGCCUGCAAGCGGCUCAUUGAGAUGGGUGCCAACACGGUGAUUCUCACACUGGGCCCACUGGGAGCUGUGUGGGGAGCCAAGGACUCGACCGGCAAGUUCCAGCAUGUGCCCGCUCCCCAGGUCCAGAAUGUGGUGGACACUACGGGGGCGGGAGACGCCUUCAUCGGUGCGCUGGCCCACAACCUGGCCCGCUUCCCAGAGCGAGCCCUCGAUGCACACAUUGCGGCCGCUUGUGCGGUGGCCUCGCAGUCUGUCCAGCUGCCAGGGACCCAGUCGAGUUUCCCCCGCGCCUAGCGUGUGGCCACAGGAGGCCAGUAGCUGUAGUUCCCGUGUACUUACAUACGUCCAAUAAAUCUCCACCUUGAAAACCAAUCUCUGG